GAGAUCACCCCUGUCCUGCCCAGUUUGCAGUGUUGUCAGCCCAGAGGCCCUCGAUCGACCGUUCCUGGUACAUGAGUUGACAGCUUUGGAAAGAAUUUUGUUGCCCGGUGUUAUUUUACCGCAUUUGAUUAAUUGUAGCCCAUAAUACUGAAUAAUAGUAAGAAUAAUGGUAGUUAAAAGCGCUUGGGAUGGCGGCAUCUGGCACGCGCUGCAACUGGGGGGUCAAGAGCUGGCUGUGUCAGUGUACCGGCAACCUUCAAGGGAGGAGGGUUGCGCUCGUGCUGCUCUGUGGUUUUCAAUGACUGCUAACGGCUAUUUUCACUCUUCUAGUCCAGUUUAAAACGCUUCUAUUUAUUAAUAUUGUGAUUUCCAGCGCUGCCAGUAUUGUAUUCCACGCCGUUACUUCAUAUUUUAACGAUGCAUCAGUUUACGGUACUGCUGUCGUUUUCUUUGGUGAUGGCCGGCCUCACGUUUUCUGUCACCUCACAGGCUCGAGACACCGAGUUGGCUUCUCUCAAUGAUUUCACCGAAUAUUCAGACAUAAUUAUACCUCACAUGUUGGAUAAUGUUGAAUCUACUCCUGUUGGCUUUAAGAAGGCGGAGAACCCGACCUCCACCAGCAGCGCCGCCCACAGGAAAGCUGCCCCUGCGGGUCUGCCCCCGUCACCACCACAGUCACGUCAGUCACAGGCCACAGACCGUGCUGACGACUUCUCCCUGCUGAUCCAGCUGCCUUCCGAGAAUCAGGGCAACCGCCUGACGGAGCUCGAGAACUACACCUUCGAGUAUGUUUCCUCCGAGGACGAGGAGGAGAGGGAGAGGGAGGCGUUGGACAGCACACCUCCAGUCCUGCAGGAAAGGCAGCAUUUAGGCUCCCCUUCCGACCAGCCACCACCCAGACGGCCUCUUUUGGGGGCAUUUCGCAGCCCUCCUUUACACGAGGGCUUCAGGGGACGACCACUCAGUCUCCGGGAGCAGGUCCAACAGCAGCAGCAUGGGGAACAGGAACUCCGGAGGCAACUAAGGCAACAGCUUCGACAGCAGCUGCAGCAGCAGCCACCCCAACUGCACAUACCCGAACAACACCCGGAUAUCAGUGCCAUUCCCCUGCAGCCACUUGAGGCCGAUGGUUCUGAUGAUGCAAUCAUGAAGGAGAGAUUCCCUCCCUACAUUGACCAGUUCCCUCCCUUCCCACACGAACCCCUCCCUCCCUCCUCUCCUGUACCCCUCCCUCCCUCCACCCCUUCUACAUUUUCUGCACCUCAACUUCCGCCAGCUCAGCAGGGGCGACAGUUUUCCCAAGAUGCUCAAAGACCCCAGAUUUCCCAAGCUCCACCAACUCCUCAGAUUUCACACACUCUUCCACGACCAGAAAAUUUUCACUCUCUAGACAAGCCCCAAAUUUCACAAGCUCAAUCAGUUCCCCAAACUCAACCAGUUCCCCAAACUCAACCAAUUCCCCAGGCUCGACCAGUUCCCCAAAGUCAACCAAUUCCCCAAACUCAACCAGUUCCCCAAACUCAACCAAUUCCCCAAACUCAACCAAUUCCCCAAACUCAACCAAUUCCCCAAACUCAACCAAUUCCCCAGGCUCGACCAGUUCCCCAGGCUCGACCAGUUCCCCAAAGUCAACCAGUUCCCCAAACUCAACCAGUUCCCCAAACUCAACCAAUUCCCCAAACUCAACCAAUUCCCCAAACUCAACCAAUUCCCCAAACUCAACCAAUUCCCCAGGCUCGACCAGUUCCCCAGGCUCGACCAGUUCCCCAGGCUCGACCAGUUCCUCAGGCUCGACCAGUUCCCCAAACUCAACAAAUUCCCCAAACUCAACAAAUUCCCCAAACUCAACCAAUUCGCCAGGCUCGACUAGUUCCCCAAACUCAAUCAAUUCGCCAGGCUCGACCAGUUCCCCAAACUCAACCAAUUCGCCAGGCUCGACCAGUUCCCCAAACUCAACCAAUUCCCCAGGCUCGACCAGUUCCCCAAACUCAACCAAUUCCCCAAACUCAACCAAUUCCCCAAACUCAACCAAUUCCCCAAACUCAACCAAUUCCCCAGGUUCGACCAGUUCAUCAGGCUCGACCAGUUCCCCAAACUCAACCAAUUCCACAAGCUCGACCAGUUCCCCAAGCUCGACCAGUUUCCCAAUCUCGACCAGUUCCUCAAACUCUACCAGUUCCCCAGGCUCUACUGGGACCCCAGACUUUCAAUACCAUAUCGAAUCCCCAAAUUUCCCAAGCUUUACCGGGAUUACAAGCUCUUCGGGUGAUCCCAGCUCCCGACAUAUCCCAAAACCCUUUGAGACCUCAAGCCAGUCAAUCUCAACACGUGACCCACAUUGUCCCAUCACCACACGUGUCCCAAAUUGCCCAGGCUCCUGAUGCGUCCCACAUAAACCAAACUCCACAGUUGUCCCAAAUUUCCCCAGCUCCACAUGUAUUCCACAGUCCCCAAGCCCCCCAGGCGUCGCAGUUUCCACCAGCCGUAGAGGUGUUCCAAAUUACCCCAGCCCCGCGGGAGUUCCAGGCUGCCGCGGCCCCACAGGUGCAGCUGACGUUGCCACAGGGGUCCCAGUUCGGCGUGGGAAGCCCUCUUCCGGUCCCUGGCGGCAUGAUGCCGCCACCACCACCACCGCCGCCGCCACAGGCACCUUUCGCCAGUGACGGUUCUCCUGUGGGUGGGCACCCGCCCUCACCCAGGUCAGGGGCGCGACAGGCAAGAAGACGCCCACGCCACCAACAGGCUCGACGCCCCUCGCGCGCCAACGCCCGCGCCUCGCUUCUGUCCCCAGUUUGGGGUGCGCUUCAACUGGUCUUCCAGCCCUCCAGGCGGUCUGCUGCCCGUAGUUGGUUUGGGUAUCGACUCUGACGUCGUGGCCAAGGAACUCCCUCCAGGCCGUGAUCCCCCACCCGCCUUCCUUGGCCCUUAUACCCAUUCAGACACUUACUAUUACGAACUCCCCGUACACCCAGGGCCUCCAUCACAUCUCCCUUUCUACCAAGAGGGCCCUCCACAUCGAUCUGCAUACCAUGGAGGACCUUCACACCUGCCAGUAUACCAUGAGGACUCGCCGUAUCCGACCAUCCAUCGCGAAGGACCUCAGCGUCCACAACACCCACCUAUCUACCCUGGCACUGCAACACACUCACAGAUUCACGACGACUUUUUCAGCGACAACCUCGGCAACGGUGCCAACAGGGAGCUCGGUAUCUCUCCCAGCUUCAUCUCCAAGGAGCCGCAUCUCGACAGCUUCGAAAUAGAAGACUUUGGCCCCCAAAAUCACCACCACCCCCAACAGAUUAAGCCCAACAAUCUUUCCCACCGUCAGUAUCGACCACCAUGCUGGAAGCGCAGAUUAGAACCUGGUUACUCCAAUCGGCGAGUUUUCCGCCCUGGUCCUCAGCCCUACAUACCUUGUGGCCCUCCAGGGACCCGGUUUCCUUCUCAGCAGGGUGUCACUUCGUCACGGGACCAUAAUAUCUAUUUCAACAAGCACCCAAACAGCAGCCAUCACAGGCUACCAAAACAUAACAGGGACGUCAAGGCUCGCAUACAAGACUCAUCAUAUCCCCUGAACAAUUAUUCUCUCAGAUCUAAUCCACCCCACGAAGGAAACUCCUCACAGCAUCAGAGAUCAAAGGAGGCUCCUGGAAACGAAUUAUUUUUCCCUGUCCUAAAACCAGCAGGACUAAACAUUGAGGCUCAGCUGAACCCCUACGACAGUGUGGAGAGUUUCAGGGCAUCCAUCAUACAGAAGGAACAGGAUCUCGAUGUUCUUGACAUCAUAAGUCGCGAAAACCAACAACUUUAUUUUGAUGAAGUCAUAAUCCUUGGCAGAGACGAAGCCAACGAGGGAUAAACAACAGUUACUCCAGACAUUUAUGACGUGAAACAUGUAAAAACAAAAUAUACUUAAGGGUUCGUACCUUGAAAGUUAACAUAUUGCGAGUUAUAUGUAUAUAAUUAGUUAAUCUUAUGUUUAUAUGUAAAAUAUUUAAAUAAUAUACACUUAGCUUUGUAAAGAAUACUGUUGUAUAUACUCUAGAGCAGCCUUGUCAGCCAGUCUAGGUGUUAUAUCUACCCCCUGUACUAGUCCAAACACUUAGUCGUUGUUAUAUGUAGGAAUGACUUGAGACAUCCAACAAUAGCCGCAAACAUCGUUUAAAUCAAUAUGCCAACUAAAAAAAAAAAUUGAUUUCCGUAGUACUGGUUCGAUCCAGGACAGUUAAUUUGUUUGAGAAACAUUUCAACAUAGUUGAGUAAUCUCACCACUCAAGAUGAUAAUGACUGUGAAAUCACCCUUGUCUUCAGGGUCAUUCCUCAUACUUUCAAUUGAUUUCUUUGCUCUUGAUUUUUGUGUACAAUUUGUAGACACCAAAUUAGGGUAGUUCGUGUAAAUAACUGGGCGUUACUGUGGUGUUAGAUUUGGAGCAGGUUUCUCCAUUAGUGAUUUGUUUAGCAAUUAUUUUAGUAUAAAUCUUGUUGAUUGUAGAUACCACAAAUGUGCUAAUUUAGCCAAGAGGAGGCUAAAUUAGUUGUAACUGACUGUAAAUUACAAAUGGUUUAGUUUCAUCUUGUAUGUAUCAUGUAAGAUGCACAUAUGCACCUUGCAUGGCAUGCAGUACAUGUGCACUUUACAUGAUAUGCAGUACAUGUACUGCAUGCCAUGUGCUCAGGUGUCGCAUAUCCCAGCUCUUGUACUUGUACCUGUGCUUGAAAUAUUUGUGUUGAUGUGACUUGACACCUAUCAAUCUUUGGAGGCUUAUUAAGGCCACCAGAAUGACUGACCGACCAAGCAGUGAGUAUACCUUAGUCCUGAACAUUGUCCAGGACUAAGGUAUACUGCAUACAUUUACCGAGAAGCAGAAUACAUGUUUGUGUGUAUAUUCUCUUAACUACUAGGAAGUACUUGAUGCGCUAGCAAAUUUUGACAACUAGCUCCAACGUCCUAUCUUCAUAGUUUUGUAUAAUACAUUCACAAGUGUUCAUGUGAUAAGCAUGUUUAUUUUGGUAUGAUGAUUACCGAUAGUGUUAAUUAUUUUUAAUAAACUUUAGGUAUAAUGGUUGUUAUUGGGAGGCCUAUUUACGUCUAUUGAAUUCUCUAAAAAGGAUUGGUAUUGUUUU